AUGACGACCGAAGAAGUUGUAGGAAUCUCUAACUUGCCAAAUCAGAUUUACAAGCUGGUUUCGAAGCAAGGUGGUGUUUUCACGUUACUAACUUGUGGUGAAAGUGGGUUGGGUAAGACUACAUUCAUUAACACGCUUUUCCAGACGACUUUGAAGCCAUCUGACGCGCGUACUGGACGUUCCAUUCAAGGUCCUAUCAAGAAAACGGUUGAGAUUGACAUACUACGUGCUGAGCUCGAGGAAAAGAACUUUACUUUGAAGCUAAAUGUAAUUGACACGCCUGGGUUUGGUGACAAUGUGAAUAACGACAAAUCGUGGCAGCAAAUCAUCGAUUUCAUAGACGAUCAACACGACUCGUACAUGCGUCAGGAACAGCAGCCAUACAGAGACGUCAAGUUUGAUUUGAGGGUUCACGCUGUAUUAUAUUUCAUCAGACCAACCGGGCACGGCUUGAAGCCACUCGAUAUCGAGACAAUGAAGAGGAUCAGCACUAGAGCCAACUUGAUCCCUGUGAUCGCCAAGGCGGAUACGUUAACAAGCCAGGAAUUACAAGAUUUCAAGCUCAGAAUCAGACAAGUCAUUGAGGCACAGGAGAUCCGUAUCUUUACACCGCCAUUAAAUGAAACACAGGACGACCCAGCUGCCAUGGAACACGCCAGACAGCUGAUUGAGUCUAUGCCAUUCGCCAUUGUUGGUUCUGAAGAUCAAUUCGAUAAUGGUAGCGGUACCAAGGUUGUUGCAAGAAAAUACCCAUGGGGUCUAGUAGAAGUAGAAAAUGAUCAACACUGCGAUUUCCGCAAGCUGAGAUCACUUCUACUAAGAACCAAUCUAUUAGACUUGAUUCUGUCAACACAAGAACUGCAUUACGAAACUUAUAGAAGAUUACGUCUAGAAUCCCAUUUGGGCGGAUCUUCAAGCGAUAUUGCAAACGACAAAUUGGGCAGCAACUUUGUUGCAGCUCCUGCUAGAAAACUGUCACACAACCCUAAGUUCAAGGAGGAAGAAAAUGCAUUGAAGAAGUACUUCACUGACCAAGUCAAGGCCGAAGAACAAAGAUUCAGACAAUGGGAACAAAAUAUCGUCAACGAGAGAAUCAAACUCAAUGGCGAUCUAGAAAAGAUCCAGGCCGAGGUAAAAAAACUAGAAGACCAAGUUGCAACUCUAAAGCUAAGAAAGCGUUAA